AUGUUGGGUUUAGCAUGGUUGACAGAGCCCCCUGAAAUCUCGGUUGCGCGGUGUCAGAGCGAGAUGGAGGACUUGGGAAGAACGUCGGUCUCCGUCGUGAUACAUAUCCUGGGUGAGGAGACAGGGGCAAGAUUCUUGGAGCUAUGGGGACCUGAGAUGACCCAUUGGCUGUACUGGUGGGGAAUUCCAGCAGCGCAGAUCUUAUUCGCGAUGUUCAUCGUCGACACUUGGCAAUACUUUUUCCACCGCUUGAUGCACAUGAAUAAGUAUUUCUACACGAAGAUCCACUCCAUGCACCACAGACUCUACGUCCCCUAUGCGUUCGGGGCAUUAUACAACCAUCCUGUCGAGGGUUUCUUUGUGGACAGCCUAGGUACAGCCAUUGCAGAGCGCAUCACACACCUUUCCGUUCGACAGUCCAUGUUCUUCUUCGCGUUCGUCACAUGCAAGACUGUCGACGAUCACUGCGGUUACAACUUCCCCUUCGACCCCUUCCAUAUGAUGAGCGGAAAUAAUGCAGACUACCAUGACAUACAUCAUCAGGCCGUCGGUAUCAAGUCCAAUUUUUCGACUCCUUUCUUCGUCCAUUGGGACGCCCUCCUUGGUACGCGCAUGACCAGAGAAGACAUUCAACAACGUAGACAGAAGGUCAAGACGACGUGA